AUGAGUCAAUCUAGCACUUUGGACAGACUUUCAGCUCUCGACACUAAUACAGUGUCUGAUGCCUUGGACUUUCUCAACCUCAAAGGCGCCACCUACGGCCUACUCCCACUCUGGAACUGUCCCAAAAUUGUGGGACGGGCCAGCACAAUAAAAGUUGGCCCCAAAACUGAUACGACUCCCACAGUCCAUCUACUCACUCCAGUCAUUGAUGCGGUAGAAACGGACGAUCGUGUUCUUGUCAUUUCUGGAGGAAUAGACGGCGUUUCAUGCUGGGGCGAUAUUCUUUCCAAUGCCUCGAAAGAGAAACACAUCCGCGGAACCAUCAUCGAUGGUAUGAGUCGUGACAUCGACGGCAGCCGCGAGGUCGGUUACCCAGUUUAUGGGCGCGGCGUGACUAUGAUAAGCGCACGCAAUCGAGUGGUACAAGUCGAGUCUGGCAAGCCGCUGGAGAUGCGAGGCGUCACUGUCCACCAAGACGACUUUGUAAUCGCUGACACCUGUGGGACGGUGUUUGUCCCAGCCAAGCACAUCGAUAAGGUUCUGGAAUUUGGUGAGCGGAUCAAACGUCGCCAGGCUCAUAUGGUUCAGGCUGUUCUGUCAGGUCAUCCAGUGUCAGAGGUGAUGCACGAUACACAAUUUGAAGCCAUACGCGAAGAUAGUCUGUCUCAGACAAGUGUGGCAUCCCUCAAGGGCAACCCCAAGAAAUCCAGUGCCGGCGAUCAAGAGUUGGUAGCGCUGUUCGCAGGUUUAGAUACCCCUGGGGUCUCUGAUGCGCUUGACAAACUUGGUAUUCCCGGGCAGGUCUUCAAUAUCAUGCCUUUGAGCAACUACAAAAAGGCUACUAUAGGGCCGGCCUUCACUGUACGUUACGUACCGGCCAGUGAUCCGCCAGGAAGUGUUGGUGAUUUCAUUGACGACGUUGCCGAAGGCGAUGUUGUAGUCAUCGAUAACAAUGGCCGCACGGAUUGUACCGUUUGGGGCGAUAUUAUGACACGGUGGGCCGGCUUGCGAGGCAUUGCUGGAACUGUUAUCGACGGCGUAUGUCGCGACGUAACCCAGGUCAUCGCCGAUGAUUAUCCACUCUUUACUACUGGACGGUGGAUGCGAACUGGCAAGGACAGGGUUCAAGUUGGAGGUAUAAAUGAGCCUAUUGGCAUUGGCAAGGUACGUGUUGAACCGCGCGAUAUCGUUGUUGCCGAUUCAAAUGGUGUCGUUGUUGUUCCGCGAGAUAGAGCCCGUGAGGUAGCCGAAGUGGCUCAAAGGAUCGAGAAGAUUGAAUCCAGUAUCCAGGUAAUGAUUGCUGGAGGAGCCACAAUAGCCGAAGCUCGAGAAAAGCUCGGUUAUCACACGCUUCAGCGCAAGACAUAA